AUGCCGCCUGACGACCCAGAAGUCAUCGAUCUCACGAAGUCUAGCCCCGCACAAAACAUCAUCGAGUUGGAUUCUGAUGGCGAGAUUAUGAAUGGUGACGCGAAGCCUUCAUCUACUGCCAACGGUAAGGCAGGGAACCGGAAACGCAAGAAGCCUCGUAGGCGGAAGACGAAGGUAGUUGAGGAAGGAGAGGUCACGCAGAGCUCUGUAGAGGCGUCGAGAGAGCAGUCGCCGGAGAGAGUGAACGGAGGGGGAGCGGGUGGGGGUGGUUCGUCUGGUGCGUCCAGAGAAGCAGGCGCGAAGGCUGCCGGGGCCAAGUCUCUCUUCCAUCGGCUCACGAGCCCUGGGGCCGGAAGCUCUGAGGCUCGUGACCGAUAUGAGCGAGAUGAGGACGGUCCCAGAGAGAAGGACAAGCAGAAGAAGCGGAGGGAUCGCAGGUCUCCCCCUCCCGAGCGCGACAGCAGGCGGCGUUCGCGUUCUCCAGACCGACUACGAAACCCCAGACAUGUACUGCCCCAAGACGAUCCGACCCGUCAGAAUGGCGAUUCUGUCGGCAGACGUCGUCCACGCACUCUUGACCGUUCUGGCCAUGAUAACAAAGCUUCGACUGGAGACAGCGUCGGCGACCUGUUCUUCGAAGAUGUGGUACGCGCAGAUAUCCCUGCUGCGGCGAAGAUACAACAGAAAGACGAGCAACCUACCGAGGAUCUGCUCCUUCCCGCACACGUCUCUGUCUUCGAUCAGGAAGGCGUCGAUUCCGCACCGAUUGUCUCGCCUCCCUCUUCUGACAGUGAGGACGAGAGUUACAUCGAGUACUUGGACUACGACGAUGACCGCAAGGCUCCGGGCAUGGUACGAUACUUCGAGACUGUUGAGGAAGGUGACAAGCCCGCGAAACCCAAGACUCUUGUCUGUAAGAAUUGUGGCGCCGAAGGCGAACAUCGAACGUAUGAGUGCCCCGUAAUUAUUUGCUUGACAUGUGGUGCCCGAGAUGAACACCCAACACGGAGUUGUCCCAUCAGCAAGAUAUGUUUCAAUUGUGGUAUGAAGGGGCAUAUUAGCAAGGCUUGUCCCAACCGCCACGCAGGGCCCAGCCGCUAUGAUUGCGAUAGGUGUGGUUCUCGUAAACAUAACACAAACGAAUGCCCAACCCUUUGGCGUCUAUACGACUAUGUCGACGAUGCGGAGCGGCAAGUCAUUAUACAGACCCGUAAAGAGAAGCGCAAACUUGCACUCGGUCAGGGUGGCGAGGGCUACAUCGCCACCGACGAGUGGUGUUACAAUUGUGGCGAUUCUGGGCAUUGGGGCGAUGAGUGUCGCGAGGUUCCGCACGUCGUUGACCGUCCCGACGAGCCCUCUGCGUUUACCAUCUACAACAUCCUCACCGGGCCAUUCGCCGACCCCGACGCACGUCCACCCACAAAAUCGAGUACUAAGCGUCCGCCGCGAAACUGGGAAGUCGCUAGCACCUUCGCCGAUGGAUAUGGGGCCGAAAUGCCCAUGGACGUCGGCAAGCAAGGCCGGCGAAAGGAACGCACGAGGAUGGAACGGCGUGCGCGAGAGUAUGAAGACAAGCAAGACGACCCCGACGACUGGUUCGGCCGCCGGGCGAAAGGAAAAGAUAAGGACAGAGAGCCACGGAACGGCGGUGGAGGGGGCAAGAAGGUCCACAUCACCUUCUCGAACGCAUUUGCGGACGCAAUGCGUAAUCGCAACGACCGGAGAGGCAACGAGCGCGAGCGACGGGCCUACGACGACGACCUUCCUGGCCCCUCUCGCGAAACGGACUCGAUCAAUAUUCGCGGUGCUGCACGACGUGACGAGCGUGGUGAUGGGCGAUACGCAAGUAUUCGAGCGGGGGACCGGGGUAGAAGGGAUUCGGGUAGACGAGAUGACCGAGGGCCACGGUAUAAGGGUGGUUAUGUACGCUGA